AUGGUUCCGGUUGUACUACCAAGGCUGCCGGAUGCUACCAAGUACGAAUGGAGCACGAGUUUGCCUACAACAGGCAUUCCAAAGUUUGAGGUCUUACUGAUGUUCUCAGAUCACCAUGUUAACAAUAUUCUGAUCACAGCCAAUGCUUGUUAUGUUGCAGCAACGCCUCGUCGAACUCCUCAGCGGCUAGCGAAGGUUCAUCUGAGCACACCAACAGCUUUGGAAAAGGCUUUGCCUCCACACUGGGUAACUGCAAGGCUUGGCCGUGAUGGUCAUUCGUUAGAGAACUGUCUGUACAUGACAUUAUGGAAGCUAUGCAAUAGCAGGGUGACGUUCCGACAGCUUUCGGAUCGCUUCAACAUUGCAAAAGGAACAUCACACCGAGUAUUUAACAAAACAAUCCAAGCCAUUUGUAAUCUUAAAAGCGAAAUAGAAUGGCCAUCUGUUGACCGUCAGCAAGAGGUCAUGACAAAUUUUGAAAAUAGCAGAGAAAGCCCCUUUCCUUUUGUUAUAGGAUGUUUAGAUGGAACGCAUUUUAACAUACCUACCCCAAGUGUAGAUGCGAUUAGUUAUUAUGAUCGCAAAGGAAACCACUCAGUAUCCAUGCAGGCUAUAUGCGACAGCCAAUAUCGUUUCCUAGAUGUGUUUAUUGGAUAUCCAGGGAGCUGCCACGAUGCCAAUGUUUCGAUAAAUAGUCCAAUAUUUCAAGCAAUAACAUCUGGCGAGUUACAGCUGGCACCAAGUGCUGUUAUAUUGGGGGAAUCUGCGUACCCCAUAUCGCAAUUUCUAAUAAUACCUCACAGAGACAAUGGGCAUCUCAGUAGGGAACAGAAGACUUUCAAUGCCCGUUUAAGCUCAACGCGAGUAUUUAUAGAACAAGCUUUCGGGAUUUUUAAGAAAAAGUUUAAAAUUUUAAAUUAUAUUGAAGCUUCGAGCAUUAAAGCCACAUCUAAUGUGAUAUUCGCUUGCGCUAUCUUGCACAAUUUUAUCAUAAAUAGGGGAGGUUAUUUUGAACAUAUUAACGAUACAAUAACACAUUCCGAUAUGGAAACCAACAAUGAAAUCGGAGGAAUUCAAGAUGCCCCCAUUCGCCGUGCUGAUUCAGAUGAUAUCAAUGGAGAAGAAACUAUUUUACAACUAUGUUUUCAUCAUAAAAAAUUUACUUUAGCUCACCUUCAUUUAUUUGAAUAA